AUGAAAGGGUGGGACGACUUCUUUGGGUCGGCCACCUCUGGCAACUCCCCGGCACCCCGACCUCCUCGAAGACGUGCGGCCCGAAAGAAUGCAAUGAUGGAAAUUCGAUCCAUGAUCGACGAGAUCAAGCGAAUGCCGUUAGAAGAUUGGGGCCUGAAAAGCUCGCACGAAGCACUAAGAGAACAACAAAAAAAUGUGCGGUCGUCCUACUGUGGAGCGUAUCGCGUAGAAGGGUCCCACUAUACAUCCGCACACAAGGAGGAGUUGGGAUUCAGGAUCAAGGUCUACCCGAGGCUGAACGAUGCUAUGAAGAAAGGAGGCCCAGGAGCCCCCAUGAUCCGCGAUGCCAUCGAUUACUACGCGAUAAAU